AUGCCUCUGGCAAACCGGGCGAGAAGGAGCGAUGGGGAAGUCUAUGACCAACGAAUCGCGGACGCCCAAGAAAACGACCCUGUUCGGCACCACGCCCUCACACGGCUGCUCACAGGCACUGUUCACUUCAGAGCCCUCACACCCUCUGCCGAGUACAUACACGACCGCCUCUACAAACUCUGGAAACUGUUUCUCGAAAAACGACCACUUGGUGCGGAGCAUUGGCCAGUAGUCAUCAAGGAGGGGGUGGUUAUUCCAACACACGACCUUUUGAAGGACUUUGUUCGCUUCCUUGCCAUCGUCGUCCAGGGCAGAAUAGCUACCUUCGCCAAGAAGAAAACAAUUCAGUCGUAUCUCUGGACUUUCUUUGCGCUCUGGCGACGGCGAACAUUCGACUGCCUCCCCAAGAAUCUUCGCAACAAGACUUUCGACUACCUCAACUCAACCAACUUCAAACAAACCAUCACCCUCACCACAGCCUCCCGAACCAAAGAAUACGCCGACAUCAUCGACGUCGCCAUUCUCAUCAAGGAGAUCUUCAAGGACAAGACCUGCUUUCGCACUCAUCACGGUCGCAUUAUGGCCAUCUACGCCAUCCUCCUUGCCGCGCUUUCCAGCGAACGACCAGGCGCGAUUAUCGAAUCAUCUAACUAUCGCGGCUCCAACGAGGCGCUUGUUUGGGGCGACCAUCAAUUCUGGGUGAUCCACAACCCUGACGACACAUCCCGUCCGCUCAUCGCUCUCAUCACAACGAUACGCCUCCUCAAAGGUCUCCGAACCGAUGACUCUGCCACCAAGCAAUUCUUCAUCCUACAAGAACCAAGCUCACAUCGACUUGUCGACGGCCUCUUGUAUGCCCUCGUUCUUGCUUUCAAUGACGACAUCUUCCAGGACGUCAAAACCAUUGAAGAGAUCUUCCAUCCCAAAUACCCCACUACCGGUUCUCACAUGCUCAGAAUCAAGGCUGACAAGCAAAACCUGCCGGUAAUACGAAAAGAAACAAUGGUAAAUGGCAUGUGGUCCGUCGCAAACGAGCUGGCAAUGCCAUAUUCCAUGAUCGCAAAUCGUAUGCGGAUGCUCAGCCUCAAAGCCGGCUUCAGACAUUGGAUUACGUUUUAUUGCUUCAGGCGAGGGACUGCAAAUCGACUAGCAGGCGAAAUCCCCGCCGACGAACGGAAACUGCUCAUGGGACAUUCUUCAAACUCGAACCAGUUCUAUACGAGCUACAUGUCGCGCCGGUCGACGAUCGAUUUGGGGGCAAUUUUGGCUCAAAAUACCAACGGGCCAGACCCAGAACAUCAAACGGUAAUAAAGGCGCUGGGCGGGAUGUCCCACGAUUUGGAUCCUAAUGCGCCUCUUACUCUUAAUGCUGCCGAAGUCGCGGAGAUGCUCGCAGAGCCGGAAUUGGUCGAGCUGCGAGAAAAGCGAAAGGAGGUUUCGGAGCGCAUUGCGAUGGAGAAAGCCAAGUUGGAGGAGAUUCCCGAAGACGACGACGAGACCCACCAAGCGCAAUGUGACGUAAUCGAAACGCUGGAGGAGGAGGAGCUGUCUUAUUUCCAGAGCCACAAGGCAAAGAUCUCGACCGAGGAGCGCUUCCGAUUCGAGGAAAAACGGAAGAAAUACUUCGACGAAGCCUCGAUGCGGCAGCUGACGGGACAGCAAGGUGGCCCGAAGCGGACACCAAUGGCGAACAUUUCCGUCAAUUCACCUCGACGAGUCGCACCGCAGCAGUCGACUUCCGCCCAGAAGGAGAAUGCCCCGCGGGCACAUCCUGCGGUUACCAUUGAUAAUCGCUCAAUUCACUUUGUGUCUUGCGCCAAAGCACUCAUCGGUCUCCCGGCACGCCCAUCCGCACUGUGUUAUCCCGGCGAAGGGCCUACGCAAGAAGGCAAGUGCCCAGUCUGUGACGUUGAGCUUUCGCCUCAAACACACACAUUCAGCGCCAACAAUAUGGCAACCCAUAUUCACAAGUGUGUUCUUGAUGACGCUCGCAUCAAGGCAACGGCGGAGCUUGAGAAAGAGUAUUCUCCUCAGUUGUGUUGGUGGAAAACCUGCAAAGUCAAGGGAGUCUUCGAAACGCGCGCGAGUUUUGCUGCUCAUAUACGCCACCAUACCGAAACAGCCAAGAACGCAGGCUGGUCCGGCAGCAAAGCAGUCUGCCGUUGGGUCGAUGAGGAACAGCAGGAAGUGUGCGGAGAUAUUGAGUGCGACGAGGAGCACAUGGGCCGAGCUCACCAAAUUAACGUGUGGCCUCAAGUCCGUGUGGAGUACGACGCUCUUUCUUCGGAUACGUUUAUUGACAUUGACGGCGAUGGCGACACAUGGCGAGAGCGCUGUAACGAACAGUACAUGGAGCUCUACGAGCCAUUCGCGGUUCGCACAGAAGACGAGGUCGAAUUUGACACCAAAGGAGUCACUUUCUCAGAAGGAUGUGUUCUCUUCGAGAACGGCGAAGGGUUCGGUGGCGAGCGACCCGAAUACCACGGCCAUAUCGAACGCCUGGUUGCCCUCGCUGCCCCUUUUGCGUUCAUGAAGACAACCUUGACAUUGUGGAUCGCAUGCGCCAACAUUUCACUAACAACGCUUUCCAAUUGCAUCUCAACUAUCACAAAACGCAAGUAA